AUGGCGUCGCGCCACGUCACCUCCGCGGCCCCCCUCAGCCUACCGCAGCGCGCCACCUGUCCCGUCGCCGUUCCCCCACCGCGCGGCCCGGGGAAGCCCAUCGCGGGCCCGCCCGGGCCCAGAUCCGCCGCCGCCAUCCGGGUCCAGCCCCGCCGCCCGUCUCCACCGCCGGUCCCGCGCGCCCCGCCGCCCUUCGCCGGUGCCCGUCUCCGCCACCGACCUCGCCCGAGACCACCCCGCGCCGCCGCCCCGGAAGCCCCGCCACCGGUGAGCUCGCCGCCCCGCGCCGCCUCCCGCGGGCUCCCGCACCUCGCCGCUUCCUCGUCGCCGGCGCGGCCCUGCCACCUCACCGGUGCCCGCCGCCAUGGCCGCCCGAGCUCGGGGCCGAGGUCCGCCGUCUCUCCGCCCACCGGCCUCCGCCUCCUCCGUCGCCGGUCGCCGCCCCAUAACCGGAUCCGGCCGGUUGGACCAGAUCCACCGGUCCCGAAACUAAACGCCUCCGCCUCCCUGGAUCUCGCCGUCCCGCUUCGCCCGAUCCGCGUUGACCCCGCGAGAUUGAUUUUUUUCUAA